UCAGCAACUUAUAGCGGGACUGCGGCGGGCAUUCUGACACUCGAUGGGAAGUGAUUAACUGCCACUGACAUCCCCAGUGACACCAAUACAGUGAUCAGUGCUAAUAAAAAGCACUGACUAUGUACUAAUGACACUGAGCAGGAAGGGGUUAAUAUCUUGGCGAUCAAAGGAGUUAACAGUGUACUGUGUGUGUUUUACUAUGUGCACUGUGUUGUGUUUUACUUUGGAGACAUGCUUUUUUGUAUCUCUCUGCUGUGCAGAAAGAUACAAAACAUGUGUCCAUGUUUUUCAGGAGGGAGAUCUGUGUUGUUUAUACACUGGUCUUUCCCCUGUCUGCUUGCCAAAGAUUGCCGAGUGCCAGCCGGGAAUU